AUGCCGUUAAUUGUCCAGGAUUUCUCAUGGACGCAGACGGAAUCGAUGUUGUACAUAAGUGUUCCCCUAAAAGGAAUAAAGCCCGGGAAAGUGGACAUUCUCGCCACAAACGAAUAUAUAAAGGUCAGUUUUCCACCUUUUUUAUUUGAAGUCUUCCUCUUUGAUCUAAUUGAUGAUGACAAAAGCGCCGCAAAAAUCGGCAACGGAGUGGUUAUUUUCACGUUGUAUAAGAAGAACGACAGAAUGUGGGAACAACUUGGGAUGAAAGACGAUGACAAGCAACGAUUGAAAGAGAUCAGAGAGAGAGCGGUUCUUAAAACCCAGGAAAAGGCGGCCGCAGACUCUAAAGCCAAAGCUGCAAGAAAACAAGAAGAAAAGAAAUAUGCACUCCAGAGAAUGAUGCAGCUGGAGGAUGAAGAGAGAGCGAGGAUUAAGAAAAUCAAGGAUGAGGAGCGUGAGAAAGCCAUAGCGGAGAUGGAGGCAUGGAAGCUAAAACAGAGGCAGGAAGCAGAGAAGAUCAAAGCUCAGCAGAGCCAGAUCGAGGCUCAGCAGAGGCAGGGGGAGGAGGCUGAACAUAAGCAGAGAAAGUCUGAUCAGAUACCUCCGCCCAGGGCUAAAGAAAAGGGAGCCAUAGUCAAGCAUGCUAAGCAAAAACAGGUGGCCCUCCCUGCUCCGCGAUCCUCAGGCAAUAUUAAAAUCCAUUUCACUCCGCGAGUGUUUCCCACUGCCCUGCGGGAAUCCCGCGUACCCGAAGAGGAGGAGUGGCUCAAAAAGCAAGCUGAGGCCAGGCGAGCAGGUGCUGGUGAGGUACCAGAACUGAUGGACCUAAAGGAAGAAGAAAGGAACCCUGACUGGCUAAAAGAGAAGGGAAAUAAAUUGUUUGCAACUGGUAACUACCUGGCUGCCGUGAAUGCCUACAACCUCGCCAUACAGCUGAACCGAAAGAUUCCUGCCUUGUACUCAAACCGCGCUGCCUGUCACCUCAAACUGAGAAAUCUACAUAAAGCCAUAGAAGACUCCUCUACUGCCCUUAAUCUGUUGACGCCAGCAGUUGCUGACAAUGCGGAGGCCAGGAUGAAAGCACAUCUGAGACGAGGCACGGCUUUCUGUGAGCUGGAACUUUAUGCUGAAGGUCUUCAGGAUUAUCAGGCAGCUCUGAAGAUUGACCCACACAAUGAAGCUGUUAAAGAAGAUGCCCAGAAGAUCAGAAACAUAAUUCAAGGCAGUGUGGAUGGCCCCUCAGAUUCUGGGGAAGGCAACAUGGGCCACUGUGUUUAA